CCGAUCCGUAACAACAACCCGUGGAUGCUGCUCUACUUCAUCUCCUUCCUGCUGAUCGUCAGCUUCUUCGUGCUCAACAUGUUUGUGGGCGUGGUGGUGGAGAACUUCCACAAGUGCCGGCAGGACCAGGAGGAGGCGGAGGCGGCGGUGCGCGAGGCCAAGAAGCAGCGGCUGAUGGAGAAGAAGCGCCGUAAGGCUCAGCAGAGGCCCUACUUCGAGGACUACCAUCCGGUUCGGCUCUACAUCCACAUGAUGUGCACCAACCACUACCUGGACCUGUUCAUCACCUGCAUCAUCGCCAUCAACGUGAUCACCAUGUCCAUGGAGCACUACGAGCAGCCCAAGUACCUGGACAAAGCUCUAGCGUACUGCAACUACGUCUUCACCGCCUUCUUCGUCAUCGAGGCCCUGCUCAAGCUCGUCGCCUUCGGGCUCCGGCGAUUUUUCAAAGACAGAUGGAAUCAGCUGGACCUGGCUAUCGUGCUUCUGUCCAUUGUGGGGAUCACGCUCGAGGAGAUCAACAUGAGCGCCGCCCUUCCCAUCAACCCCACCAUCAUACGCAUCAUGAGGGUCCUGAGGAUCGCCAGAGUGCUGAAGUUGCUAAAGAUGGCCACAGGCAUGCGGGCUCUGCUGGAUACUGUGAUGCAGGCGUUACCUCAGGUGGGGAAUCUGGGCUUGCUGUUCAUGCUGCUCUUCUUCAUUUAUGCGGCGCUCGGAGUGGAGCUGUUCGGGAAACUGGAAUGCACCGACGAGAACCCGUGCGAAGGCCUGAGCAGACACGCCACGUUCGACAACUUUGGCAUGGCCUUCCUGACGCUCUUCAGGGUGUCUACGGGGGACAAUUGGAACGGCAUCAUGAAGGACACUCUGCGGGAGUGCCGCAAAGAGGAGAAGCAUUGCCUGAGCUACCUGUCCUGGGUGUCGCCCAUCUACUUCGUGACCUUCGUGCUGAUGGCCCAGUUCGUGCUGGUCAACGUGGUGGUGGCCGUGCUCAUGAAGCACCUGGAGGAGAGCAACAAGGAGGCCAAGGAGGAGGCGCGGAUGGACGCCGAGAUCGAGGAGGAGAUGGAGAUGGAGCGCCGCCUGAGCCACGUGUCCACCACCAGCUUCAUGGGCGGCGGGGGCACCUACGUGGGGCCCACGCCCGACUCACCUGGGCAGGAUGAAGUGUUGCAGAGUGCAGAAGAAAAUCCACUGUCUCUGCGGAAACUGUCGGUGGCCAGAAUGCACUCCCUGACCAACGACAGCUACAUGUUCCGCCCCGUGAGGCCAGCCAGUGCCCCGUACCCGACCCAGGGGGACGAGCCUGGCCACGGCUACGUCCACUCAGGCUCCGUAACGUCGGUCCACUCCCAGCCGUGUGAGGGCCACUCCUUGCUCCAGGUGCCAGGCAUCCCCCCACUGACCCAGCUGUCCAAGGGCCUGCCCAGGAUCCCCCCGCCCAAGCCCUCCCCCUUCAAGUCUCUGCGCAGACAGGAGGCCAUCAAGCACGACUCUAUUGAGGUCCAGAGCAGCGAGGCCAGGGAGAGCCUGGAGAGACAGGGCUCCGCCGGACCCUAUGACCUCCCGGUGCCGCACGUGCCCAACCCGCCGAACGGCGGCGGCAGCCCGCAGGUCUCGCCCAUGCUGCCGCCGCGCUCGCACUCUCGCUCGCCCAGCGUCCGCGGCCCGCGCGGAGGAGGCCUCCAGCGUCCGCACCAGCACCAGCACCCGCACGCGCCCAGCCUGGCCAGCAGCAGCACCAGCACCAGCAGCAGCCCCAGCGGCUCCAUGUUCGACUCCGCCGACCCCACCGACGAGGAGGUGCGCUGCAUCAACAGCGGCGCCAAGCUGUGGCCGGCGGGCGGAGGAGGUGCGGCGGGGUCGGCGGGGGUGGCGGCGUCGGGUGGUGGGGGUGGUGGUGGUGUCGAGGAGGAGCGCAGCCACUCGCUCUCGCCCUACGCCUCGGCCCCCGCGGGCUCCUCCGCCCUCCGGCUGGCCAAGAACUGCGGCAGCGCGGCCAGCCUGGCGGCCCUCAAGGACCGGGAGCUGAAGAAGUUCUUCAGCGUGGACACCAAAGGCUUCCUGGACAAGCCGUCGCCGUGCGGCAGCGUCGCCGGGGACGACGUGCGACGCCACUCCAUCGAGAUCUGCCCCUCCAUGGAGGACGCCGACGACGCGUUCGACCAGGCGCUGGCGGAGAUCCGCCACCCGCCCAUGCGCGGCCAGUCGCUCCACAUCCCCCGCAAGAAGAAGAUGAGCCCCCCCUGCAUCUCCGUGGAGGCCCUCCCCGAGACCGAGGCCAGCCCCGCGCGGCACACGCCCAACGCGUCCAAGAGCACGCUGUUACGCAGACGGACGCCCUCCAGCGAACAGACGCAGCUGCAGACGCAACGCGACUCCUCCGUGGACCUUCUGGAGCACCAGGUGCUCCAAAACCAGCCUCUCCUGAGCAGACAGGACAAGCUCCAGGCCCUCGGUGGUGGUGGUGGUGGCGGUGGGGAGUUCCAGGCCCUGCCGCAGAUCACGUUCGACCAGACCGACCCUGCAGACAGGGACAUGGGCACAGAUAGCCUGUCAAGCCCCCUGCUGGACACCGACCCACUUCCGCACCCCUCUCCGUUUGACAGUCGACUCGACGAGUCCGCUGAUUAUGACAGGACAGCUCUGUGACGAAACGAAUAAAAAAAAAACUUACAAACAAACGAAGGUGCCAGCCAAACGUUCUUUUUUUUGUCUGACGUGUCACUCAAUGCACAUUCUUCGAUGAGAGGUCGCCGUCGCCGUUGCCGCCGCACGGCCAGACAUUGACCUUUCGGGUUUCAGUAGCCAAAGUUCAAAAACUUUGUUGCAUCGUUUGUCCCAGACGUGACAUCGGUCAUCCUAAAAGCCAGCCAGGAAAGGCGGCCGCACUGCUUUAGGUAGGGUCAGCUCUCGCCCUGACCCCUGACACGAACGCGUGCGGUGGGACAAAGUGUUGGACAUGGGUUAUGCAAUUUCAGGUUUCCGUCUGGAACUCUGACAUUUAUGUUAGUCCUGAACUCAAUCACAUUGAUCUGAGUGCUGGAUACCUGUCAAGUUUCAUUUACACACUGUUGCGUCUUAAGGCCUUUGCACACUAAAAAAAAAUCAAACUUUUGUUUGCUAAAUACAGAACGCUGGAGUAGAAAACCUCGUUCAUUAACCUGCGUAUGAUUUUUUAUUUUUUGUUUUCAAAGAUGUAAACAUGAUUGACACAAUAUGGCCUCGUAUUUAUUAUUCAAUCGUGUGACCAUUUUGGACGAAAAAUAUGUGUGCAAAGGCCUUCAUUCACUUUUGCCCACUUUUGUCAUGGACCUGGCUACAUCCUUUCUUUCCUGUAAAAGGCAGAGUAUAGAAGAAGAAUACUAGUAAGAGCUGUACACGUUCAGUACUGUACAUCCUACAGUCUAAAUAGAAGAAAUAUUGUAUCAAUGAUGAAAAUAGCUCUAUUCAUAUCCACAUAUUUUUAUAGAGAUCUAUAAUGUUUUUUGCACAUAUCGAUUUGAAUUUCAAGUUGGAUGUUCUUUUUGUUGUCCUCCUGUGAAUGUACAUUUCUUUUUUAAGAAAGUCAAAUAGCAGUGGGAUUGAUUCCAGGCAAUUUAGACCUACUGAUACUGAAAUACUUUUUAUUUUUUUAUUGGGAGGUGGGGGUAACGACAAUGUGUAGAUCCGACGAAAACCAAACUACAACCAACAAUCUGUAGCCUGAGUGCAAUAUACUGUGUGUGUUUAUGUUAGUCUGCCCUGUUAGGUUGCUCGUGUUUUACCACCAUAACCACAGACAGACAGACACACACACACAAACACACACACACACACACACACACACACACACACACACACACACACACACACACACACACACACACAUAUAGAUAUGUAAACACACACACACACAAACACAUUGACACACACACACACACACACGCCUGCACGUGCACGCACAUACACACACACACACACACACAUAUAUAUAUAUAUAUUUAUACACAUAUGUAAACAAACACACACAAACACAUCAACACACAUACACAUGCCUGCACGUGCACACACACACACACACACACACACACCCACAUACACAAACACACACACACACACACAUACACACAUACGUCCAUUGGUUUGCGUGUCACGGACACAGCCCUUUGCCAUAUACUCAGGUUCAUCUCAAAGUGGAAUGAAAGACAUCCGCGUCUCACUGUCUUCACUCGCUCAUUACGGUAUUUCCAAAGGAGUUCUUGUGACUCAUGCAACACUCUCCUGGGGGCAUGCAUGCGAAGGACAAACUUAAAAACUAAAACAAAUGUUGUGAUAACUUUGCAAGAUUCAUUUUGUCCUCUUUCUCCUUAUGAUGUUUUAUAACUUUGUACCCUGUAAAAAUAACAGGAAGAAGCUGUUGUAUUUAUUGAAAAAGAAUGAUUGGUUUAAAAAAUCGAUUGAAGCUUUUGGUGACAAGCUGACCGUCACAAGUCUGUCCUAUUAGACCUUUCAGGUUUUGGAUUGGUCGCUAGGUUUGUGUCUUUCCUCAGCUUCAAGCAAGUUGUUUUCUUUUCCACCAGUUUGGGUGGUGUGUAUAUUAGCUCGGGUGAAUGAGAGAGGUGGGCUUCAUUUGUGUAUAGCUUAACCAUGCGAUUACUUUUGAUAUUGAUUUCCACUCAUGAGUGCAGGGAAGUCGCACAUUGAUUCUUUUAAUCAUUUUCUCCGUCAUUGACCCUUCACCUCAGCUGUCAGUAGUGAGAAACCACAACGCAUUUACUCAUCACUCAAUCAAACCCAGUUUGCUAGUUCAAAUAGUCAAUGCAGCUCAUGAACUGUAGUCAUAUAUUCAUACCCUACAAUUUUUGAAUCCUCAAAAAAAAAUGAAGUUUAAAAAAAUGCAUGCUCUAUGAAAAUGUCUAAAAAAAAAUAAUAAAACAGCUGGAUGUUUUUUGAGGUUUUUUGAUAUUGCAAUUUGCAAAUGUUCUCAUUUGUAGAAUUGACUACCUAAUUGCACUGGGCUGUGAUGACUAGAUAUUCCUCUUUGUAGUACUGAUGAAACCCACUUAUUUAUUGUCUGAUACAAUAUUUUAUGGUAAUCAAUAUCUACAAAAGGGGGAGGCAGUCAUUGAAAAUAAAACAUGGUUGGUUCAACUGUGCUUACCGUAAGGGAUACCCAAUCUAUUCAUCAGAUGAUUGACUCUUAGCAGCCUAAACUAAAAGUGUAAUUCCCUUCACUUGUGACAAUCCAACCCGAAGAGGAAGGUAUCCUUUGGAAAAAGCACAGGUGAGCCCAACCAGGUUUUUUGUGGUUUAUUUCCUAAGAGCAGGGAUGGAUUUUUAGAUGACAAAUUUGCAGGGGUGAGGAACGUGAAGUGUUUUAACUCUCACUUUUUGGGCUUCAUGAUGAUACUACAGCUGUUUUUGGAGUCCGAGUUUUAUCCUUGAGCAGCCUGGUGUCCUUAACCCUUGAAUAUACGUAUAAUCAGCAUUUCCCUGAGCAUUUUAUAGAAGAAGAUGUGUUCUUUUUCUUGUUGUCAAGCGAACUGUCUGCAAUAAUUUCAUUUUGAUGAAUACAGACCAGAUGAUGCAGUACUGGGGUGGUAUUUGAAAGGUUCUACAAUGGUAUUUUUUACAUUGUAUUGUCACUUUUAUUGUGUAAUGAUCAAAUAUUGACCAGAAAGAUAUACCCUGUCAACUGAAGAGAAAUAAUUUUAUUGGAAAAAGUAUCUGUGUCCAUAGUCUUUCUUUCACCUUUCUAUAACUGUUACUAUGUUAUUGCUGGUACAUGGGCACUCACAACUCAAAACUCCAAUUUCUUGACAUUGUAAUACUGAUGACAUGGCAAUUUGACAGACAAAGGCAACAACUAUUUACAAAAGAAAGUUUAGGGGAGAAAGUACUGAAUAAAACAGCUGGAAUAAUUGCA